GAUUUAAAAUAACUAGCUAACAAAAGAAUUUAAUUACAUAAUUAAUAAAUACAAAUCUGUGAGAAUACAAUAAAUUUUAAACAAAGGUAAAAUAUAUCCUAUCUUAAAAGCAAAACCAAUAAUAGGCAGCCACAAAUAUAAAUGACAAAUUAUCAAAUACUUUACGAAUAAGAGAAAGAUUUUAGAAUUUAACUAUAGGAAGAAUAUGAUGAAUACAAGACAAAGUCUUCAGAGAUUGAGGAAUAUCUUGAAAAAGAAAUCACUAAUAUGAUGGAGUCUUUAGAAAAAAAAGAUAAAGAAGUUAGCGACUUAAAAUCUAAGCUAUCUUAGAAUAAGGCUGAAUCUGAUAAAUUUAUAAGGUAGCUUGAGCGUGAGGUGGAUAAUCUUAAAUAAAAGUACGAAUAAUUAUAGGAAAACCACAAAAAAGAUAAAAUAAAGCUAGUGCAGCUUGAAAAUGAAGUUGAGUAUUUAGAAUCAUAAAACAGAGCUUUGGAAACUUUGAACAGUGACUUAGAAUAGAAAAUUGAUUCAAUAUUGGAAGAAUUAGCUUUGCUUUAAACAGAGCUUGAAGAAAAUAAAAAUAACCAUCAACGUGACAUCGAAAAUAUAGAAAGACUUAAGCAGUAAAUUAGAGAUACAGAAAGUGAAUUGUUUGCCUAAUAAAUGAAGCAUUAAAUGCUAAUUGAUAAUUAAGAGAAUAAUAAAAAUCUUUCAAACUUCUCAAGCAGAAAUAUGCAUUAAUAUUAUAGUAAUAACUCAAAUGCAUCAACAUCAUCAACGUCAUCUCAUAGUGCGUCUUAAAAUACAAUGUGCAAUAAUAAAUAAUAAGAACCAGCCACUAAAAAUGUUACUGAAGGCGAAGAAAUUGAAAAUCACUAAUACAAAUAAAGAUAAAUCAAAAGGGUUAGAACUUGUGCUUAGAAUUAAACCUAUUCAUUUAAUUAGUAACAAGUUGAAUAAUUGUCUAAGAUUUAUAUAAAGACUUUAAAUGAGUCUAAAUGUUAGUAAUAAGUUGGUGGUAAUGAUAGUGAUUAGCAAAAGAACUCAAAUAAUAAUGUUAAUAAUUCCAUUUCUGAAAAAGAUUCAUCCAGCAAUAACAGUAGUGGAAAAAAAGAUGAAUCUGAUAUUUUCUAAGCAGAUUAAAAAAAUCAACAAAGAGGAAGAAAGCUAACUAGCUUUACUACUCUCAAGACAGAAAGAUAUAGCGAAGAAAAGAGAAGAUUACAACAUAAAAUAAUUAAAGAUAAAAUUAGUAUGUAUGAUAAUAAUAUUAGCAAUCUGAAAAUCACAUAGCUUGGUUUCAGCAAAAGCUUAAAUUUGAUAACGAACUUAAUUAAUGAUAUGAAUGAUAAAAUGGUCAAAAUAAGAAAUAAGAAAGCACAGCUAGGUACCCCUAGAAAUCUUUCAUCAGCCUAAAAGAAGAUAUAAAUUUCCGUCAAUUGA